AUGGAUACAACAAAGAAGAUGAUCUUCUGCUUCGUGCUCGUGAUCUUCACGGUUCUCUUGGGUUGCUGCUCGGCGAAGGUCUACAAAGUCGGAGACUCCGAUGGAUGGACUGCAAAGGAGGACGUCUACUACGAUUGGACCAAGGGUAAAGAAUUCCACGUGGGAGAUUCUCUUGUCUUCGAAUACGAUCGCACCUUGAACGACGUGACUCAAGUCUCGGGCGCUAUGGAAUGCGAAUUCUGCGACUUUUCUUAUCCUAAAGCAGUAUACAACACGGGACACGACGUCGUAACCUUCACGGAACCAGGGUUCUACUACUUUGUUAGCUCAAACCAUACUCAAUGCCUAAAUGGACAAAAGCUCAACGUUCUUGUCGUCCAUGACCCGUCACGUCCGGUUCCUCCACCACCACCGAGGAAGAUACUUCCUCUUGGAAAGUUGUACAAGGUCGGUGACUCCAAAGGAUGGAAUGUUUACGGCAGUGYCUUCUACAACAAGUGGAGCGAGGAGAAACAGUUUCAUGUUGGAGACUCUCUGUAUUUCGAAUACAACAACCAAGUCAACGAUGUUUUAGAAAUCAACGGUCAUCUUGAGUUCAAUUAUUGCGACCCGACUUCACCUGUAGCUGUGCACAAGACAGGACACGAUCUCGUUAGGCUCACAAAACCAGGAGUUCACUAUUUUAUAAGCUCAGAGACGACUCACUGCGAGGCUGGGCUUAAGCUACGAGUCGUGGUCCAAGACAGGUCAUUGGUGCAACCAGUACUGCCCAAAGUGCCCAAGUUUUCGCCUAUUGACCGUCUCACUAGGUGGUUACGCACUUUCAGACAUCAUCAUCCCUAA